GGGGACAUUGACUUCAGCUCUCCCAGCAUCACCAACGAGUUUGGGGUGCCCCCCUCACCUGCCAAUUUCAUCCAGCCAGGGAAGCAGCCGCUCUCGUCCAUGUGCCCGGCGAUCAUGGUGGGCCAGGACGGCCAGGUCCGGAUGGUGGUGGGAGCUGCUGGGGGCACACAGAUCACCACGGCCACUGCACUGGCCAUCAUCUACAACCUCUGGUUCGGCUAUGAUGUGAAGCAGGCCGUGGAGGAGCCCCGGCUGCACAACCAGCUUCUGCCCAACGUCACGACAGUGGAGAGAAAUAUUGACCAGGCAGUGACUGCAGCCCUGGAGACCCGGCACCAUCACACCCAGAUCGCCUCCACCUUCAUCGCUGUGGUGCAAGCCAUCGUCCGCACGGCUGGUGGCUGGGCAGCUGCCUCGGACUCCAGGAAAGGCGGGGAGCCUGCCGAGUACUGAGUGCUCCAGGAGGACAAGGCUGACAAGCAAUCCAGGGACAAGAUACUCACCAGGACCAGGAAGAGGACUUUGGGGGACGCGCUUUCCCUGUGAGCAGCAGAGCAGCACAAUAAAUGAGGGCACUGUGCCAGGCUCCAGGCGGCCUCCCUGGCCUGGCUCCCCACUC